AUGUUCGAGAAAGGUUUUGGAAAUAAAGGCUUAAGAGAGGAUGGUGCUUCAAGAGGAGUAAAUGCUAAGCGUGUUUGGAAUGAAACUGCUUCUCAUUGGUCGGUUGAUGAGAUAUACUCACCUCAGAAUUUAAGAAAUCAUCGUGUUGGUUCAAAGGUUCAUUGUGCAGAUGAUUUGCCUGACUCAGCAUUGAGCACUAAAGCUUCAUAUGAGUCAAAAAACGAUGGUGUGCAGAACAAGAAAUCUUCUUAUAACGAAUGUGAGCUUCCAUCUAAACAUAGCUCAGGACCAACAAAAGGAAAUGCUGAGAUUGUAUCUAUCCAGAACGAGACAUUACCUUCCCGUUUUCCAGUCUUCCAUGCAAGUGAACAAGGUCCAUGGUUUGCAAUGAUUUGCUAUGAAGCCUGUGUACGGCUAUGUGUUCACGCGUUGGCAACAGAUAGUUUCAGUGAGGCUUCAUACUUCCUCAUCAAUGAUUGCGUUUUAAUCCGAAAUGCAUUUGGUUUGCAGAAUUUCUUCCUUCGAUCCGAAGAAGAACUACUGGGAAACAGACCAUCUACCUUAGUUACUGAGACAACUACUCCAAAGUUCAAGAGAAGUGUUGGAAAAAUCAAACUCCAAGUUGGUAGGAUCAAGAUGGGAUCAGAUCCACAGCCUCGUUGCAAUAUGCCAUCACUGAAGCAUGAGAUUGUUAGUCAACCAAUCGCGGAGUUGAAUUCUACUUUGUCUUCUGGAUGGAAAGCAGUGAAGAGGGUUCAUGUGGCUCCUCGAGUUCCUCUGAAUGGUUCAAUCUCGGAGAAAAGUCUGGCGUAUAUGCGAGCAUGUGCUCAGUACCUUAAACAGGUCACAAAAGCCCUUCAAAAAGAGUUUGUUACAUCUCUCAACGGACCACGUUCUCUAAAAGCAAUACAAGAAAAAUUUUCAUGUACGUUGAGGCUAAAGAGCUGUGACGAGGAGGAUCAAAUUAAAACACAACCUGAAUCUGGCGAGACAUUUGUCUUCUUACCAGAUAGUAUCGGUGAUGAUUUGAUUGUUGAAGUUCGGGAUUCAAAGGGGCAGUUUUGUGGCCGUGUCUUAGCUCAACUAGCAGCAAUAGCUGAUGAACCGAACGAGAAGCUUAAAUGGUGGGCAAUAUAUCAUGAACCGGAGCAUGAACGUAUUGGGAGAAUCCAACUUCAUAUAAACUACUCAAGCAGCUUAGAUGAAAAAACUAAGUGUGGGUUGGUAGCAGAAACUCCAGCAUAUGACCUGCUCUUGGAAGUGGCUAUGAAAGCUGAGAAUUUUCAGCGCAGAAAUCUUAUAAUCAAAGGGCCAUGGCAUUGGUUGUUAACUCAAUUUGCAUCCUAUUAUGGGAUUUCGGAUGCAUAUACAAAACUAAGAUAUCUUUCAUAUGUCAUGGAUGUAGCCUCACCUACUAAGGACUGUCUUGAUCUGAUAUAUGAUUUUCUGUCGCCUAUAUUAACGAAAGGCAAUCACAAGGCUUUAUUAAGCCAUCAAGAGAACCGCUUGCUUGGGGAAAUUGAUGAACAAGUUCAGAAGAUUCUUGCUUCGACAUUUGAGAAUUAUAAAUCUCUUGAUGAAUAUUCAUUUUCCGGAAUCAAAAAUGUUUUCGAGCCUCCUUCAGGCACUCCGGCACCCGCUCUAACACCAGCUAUCAAGCUUUACUGUCUUCUCAAUGACUUGUUAAUCCCCGAGGCACAACUAAGACUUUGCAGAUACUUUCAGGCUGCUUCAAAGAAAAGGUCAAGAAGAUACAUACUGGAAACAAACGAUAUACUUCACGAAUAUCAUAGUGAAGGUGCACAAGCCACUUCUUGUCAGAAGAUGAAGUCUCUAAUCUUGAGCCUUAAGAAGGAAAUCUCAACUGAUAUAGCCAUCAAUAACUGCAAUGUGAUCCCAAGGUAUAUAGACCUUCCUAAUCUAUCGGCCGCGAUAUACAGUGUGGAUCUAUUCAACAGACUAAGGGAAUAUGUUACCGCAUGGCCUCCUCCUUCUCCAUCGCCUCCAGUUGUCGACCUUGUCAUUGCAACUGCUGACUUUGAAGCUGAUCUCUCACGUUGGAAUAUAAAGCCGAUCAAAGGUGGUUUUACUGCCAUAGAGAUUUUCAAUCCAUAUAUUACUGCUUGGAUCGAAGAAAAAGGAAAUGCUCUGUAUGAAUUCUGCAAGUCAGAAACGGCAAAAGCAUGUAGUGAGAUUCAAGGCCUGACCUCUCCUUUUGUCGAGGAAAUGUAUGUGUUACUCGACGCAACACUUGACGACUUUGAUCUCAUCAUCAGGCGUUGGCCAGAAUAUGCAGUAUCCUUGGAGAGAGUUGUUGCAGAUUCGGAGAGGGUAAUGAUAGAAGCGUUGGAGAAGCAAUUUUCGGAAAUUUUAUCUCCCUUAAAGGACAGCAAGACAUGUCCACUGAAAUACGUCCAGAGAUUGACUAAAAUAGGCACAUCUCAUCUCUAUUCUGUUCCAAAAGAGCUUGGAGUUUUCCUAAAUUCCGUGAAAACAGUGCUUGACAAUUUACGGCCAAGUAUUGAAAACCGGUUCGAAGUGUGGAAUUAUUAUCUCUCUGAUAUAAAAAUCGGAGUUUUGGGGGAGCAGCUGAGCGAAGUGACCGUAUUGUUAAGAUCCAAAUUCAGAAGUUAUAUGCAAGCGCUUGUGGAGAAACUCGCAGAGAAUAUGAGGAUGCAAAGUCACAUGAAGAUGAAGAACAUCAUUCACGACUUAAAGAGAACAACAUCAGAAGCAGAUGUUAGAAACAGAAUGCAGAGUUUGAAAGAUUUACUAGACGAGACCAUGUAUCACCUGCAUGGUGUUUUGUCGCUCGAUGUGUUUGUCUUAACAUGCAAAGGAAUAUGGGACAGAAUGGGACAGGACGUGCUUUGUCUUUUGGAAGGCAGGAAAGAUAAAGUGAAUUGGCACAAAGGCCUGACAAUCGCUGUUGAUAUUAUAGAUGAGAUAUUCGUGACUCAGAUGCUAAGCUUGUUGGGAGACUCGGUAAGGGAAGAAGAUUUGGAGGCACCGAGAUCGAUGAUGGAGCUUCAGUCUAUACUCUAUGAAGAUAGGAAAGGCUAUUACUACUGAGAGAGACAGUGAGAGAAACAUUCUGUUAUUCUCUGGGUAGUUUAAAUAUAUAAAAAAUGCGGGAAACCAUAGUUUUGACUAUUCAGAAGUAGAGCAGUUAGGCAUAGACAUGGUAUAAAAUAUAGACUAGAAAGGCUCAUACAUAUUCAUUUUCUGCUCAAUAAAAUGUAUAGCCAGAGCCAGGUUUUUAUAAGUAGGAUAAACAAAUUCAUCAGUGUUAAAACCAAAAUA